AUGGUCUGCCCGGUAUUCGAAGAAGGCCCCAAGCCGCCACGGCCGGCUGCUAGAAGGAAACAGCUCCUUCCGCAUAUAGUUGACGGAAUGGCCAGAAGCCGACCCGAAGCCGUAUACGCGGAAUACCCCAGCAACCCCGACACCUACGCGGAAGGCUUCACUAAGUUGACAUAUGGGGCAUUUGCCAACGUCGUCAACGGCCUGGCAUGGUUUCUGGAAGACAGGUUGGGCCGUGGCGACGAGUUUGAGACGCUCGUCUACUUCGGCCCAAAUGACUUUCGGCAGAAUGCGUUGGUUCUUGCUGCUUGCAAAGCUGGGUACAAGCUUCUUCUGUGCUCUCCGAGAAACACGAUUGCUGGUUACAAGGCCCUGUUCGAGGCCCUCAACGUACGGACCGUUCUGGCCGCGGGCCCCCCACACUUGCCCAUUGUCAGUACUAUAAUGCUGGAGUGCAGCCUGGAGCUCUUACCCAUCGCCUCCUACGACCAUCUCCUCAGCGUGAAGUACCCGCACUACGCAUACGAUAAACGCUUCGCGGACGCAGGCAACGAGCCUUUGCUAGUCCUCCACACAUCCGGGACCACCGCCCUCCCCAAACCCAUCGUCAUCACCCACAACUGGGUAGCCAGCUGGGCACAGGCGCUCCACGAGGACCCACCCCUGGGUACCGAGAGCCUGGACCGCCUGCACCAGGGCAAUCGUGUCCUCGUGAUGAUGCCCCCCUUCCACGGCGGCAACCUCAUGCCCACCCUCUUCGAUGCAGUCCACAAUCAGUCCACUGUCAUUUUCCCCUUACCUAACGGUAUCCUGUCCGCGGACCACUUCCACGAGCACUUCAUCGCCUGCGUCCGCGACGCCCGCCCGGACAUUGCCCUCCUCCCGGCGGGGUUCAUCCACGAGAUCGCCAAGGACCAGGCCCUCCUCGACCUCGCGGCCAAACACCUCGAGUACAUCUUCUACACGGGCGGCGACGUCGCAGACGUCUAUGGCAACGCGGUCGCGAAGCACGUCAAGCUCUUCAACGUCAACGGGUCCACUGAACUGGCCUCAUACCCGGCCCUGCGGCCCGGCGGUGGCGCCUGGGACCGCACGAUCUGGAAAUACAUCAUGCCGCAUCCCGUCGCGGGGAUCGAUUUCCGGUGCCACAGCUGGGACGGCGGGGACGCCAAGUACGAGGCGGUCAUUGUGCGGAAUCCAACCCCCGACGACAUCCAGCCGAUCUUUACAGUCUUCCCGGACGCGACAGAGUAUCGCUCGGGUGAUCUGUUCUCUCCGCAUCCGACCAUCUCCGGGCUAUGGGUCUACCGCGGCCGGGCAGACGACUGCUUCGUUCUCGUGACGGGCUCGAAUAUCAACCCGCUGGCGAUGGAGAGCUGCGUCGUCGCGCACCCGGAGGUCAAGGCUGCUCUGAUGAUCGGGCAGCGGCGGCCACGACCGGGACUUUUGAUCGAGUUGGAGGAUGAGAUUCAGGCCGAGGAGGAGGGGAUGGGGUCGGAAUCGGGAUCGGGAUCGGAUAGUGAGGAUCGACGCGUGGCGCUGAUUGAUAGGCUUUGGCCGGCGAUUGAGCGUGGGAAUCAGGAGUACUAUGAUCUGGCUCGGGUGACUAAGGACCGUGUCCUGUUUACGGUGCCAGGGAGGCCAAUGAAGAGGACUCCCAAGGGGACUGUGCAGCGCAGGUCGACGUAUGAGUUGUAUCAUGAGGAUAUUGAGCAGAUGUAUAACUUGGUUUAG